AUACUCGAUCAAGAGGAACCGUGGCGUAGCCUUCGUGUAUAAAAAGGAGGCAUUCCCCCUCUUCUCGAUGGUGUUCUUUACUCUUCAUCACACAAGAAACAAUCAACACUAUACUCUACUUUUCCAAGCCUAGUACUACUUUACCCAUCUUCAAGAUGCUUUCCACCACCGUUCUUACUCUUGCCGCCGCUGCUCUCGCACCUAUGGCUGCUGCUGCUCCCGAGAAGAGAGCCGCUCUGAGAAACUGCAGCUUCGGAUACAACUACUGCGGUUCUACUCUGCGCGAGAUUGGCCGCUACGAGGACCAGAUCGUCCAGGCUCUGGUCGAUGCCCACCAGGACACCAACAGCUUCAACAGGGCCAACGCACUCUUCAAGUGCAAGGGUGGUGAUACUGGUGUGAUUGAGUUUAUUACCCUCUGCGGCAACACCUGCCAGACUAACGGCGUUGCUGUCAAUGACCAAUGCCGCUAGAGCAGCGUUCCAACUUGCAUCUCUGCAUCAACGCUGGUCUAUUUACAAUUGGUAUCCGCUAUUGGGCACUACAAGCAAAUCCAUGUAUCUCGCACCUCAAUAGCUCCUGGAGAUAGUAACUAAACUUGUCAAUGAAGACCAGAUGUUCC